ACCACGCGUUGUGGGGGACGCCCACAGCUCUUCUUGAAGGGGGAGGGAAGCGCACGGACCCGGCUCGGAUCACGUGACGAGCCGACCGGACCCUUCUACCCUGCCCCCCACUAUCUCUCCUCUCUAGUUUACCCUCCUUAUUCACCAGUUUCUUAAAGGUCGAAGUGGGCUGGGAAGAAGAGAAGUGGUCGGCUCCCUCUCCUCCAACUUCAGGCCCCUUCUCAGAGUUUCCUGGAAUCCUUCAGCUCGAGAAAGGGGACCUCCUUCUGCCCCACCACGGGGUCCCAACUUCCGGCCCUUCUGGCCACGUUACUUUCCCAUGGGACCUUCCCCUGAGCAGCAUCCGCAUGACCCCUGAACUGAAGUGGAAGCCCCAGAACUGGAGGUUUCCCCCGCCCAGCCACAGGCAGUUUGUCCCCAGCCAUGCUGGAACUCCAAAGGCUCCAUCCACCAUAUGUGUGAAUGGUGCCAGGGCAAGAUGACUGGGUGGGCAAAGUACUGCCAUGAAUGAUGAAAUGGGUGCUGCUCAUAUGUUCUUGGUUUUGGUAAUUUACCCUCCAUUUAACUAUCAGAAGCAGAAAUGCAAAGCUCUCAGUCAAAAAGUUGAUUCCAGAGAUGUAGGGGGAAGAGUCCAAUGGGAAGGGUGUGGGCAGAGAUUGUCAUAGGUUACUGUGGCAGGGUAGGGCAGGACUAAACUUUGUAUGGUUCAAAAAGUCUUAGAUUUUGGAGUCUGAUGACCUAGGUUCCAGUGGAUGAUACCUCAUUUUUCAUAUAAGGAAAUUUGGGAGCAGAAAGCAAAACACUUCUUUCAAGACCACACAGAAAGUAACAGAGGUGGCGGCUCGAAGUGGUGGGGUUUUGUGCCACACUCAAGAUGGCGUAUUCCAGGUCCUCGCUUUUCCGGGCUGCGGAGCUUCCGGUUCCGGCAUGUCCCUUCCCAUCUUCACGGCGCAGACAUGGCUGACGGGCCGGUUGCUCAGUUGCUUUUGCAGCGGCUAGCGAGCUGCGAUGGCGGCUUGGAUAGCUUGGAGCUGUCAAGCGCCCUGGGCCUUGAGCACCAGGUUGUGGUGGGCGCCGUCAAGAGCCUGCAGGCACUGGGGGAGGUCAUUGAAGCUGAACUCCGUUCUACUCAACGAUGGGAGCUUACACCUGAGGGCCAGGAGACAGCCCAGGAUGGCAGCCAUGAGGCUAGAGUCUUCCAUAGCCUCCCUCCAGAGGGUCUGGUGCAGAGUGAGCUCAUGAGAUUGCCCAGUGGGAAGGUGGGCUUCAGCAAGGCUAUGUCCAAUAAGUGGAUCCGAAUAGACAAAAACGCACCUGGUGGGCCCCGGGUGUUUCGUGCUGUGGACAAUGUGGAGGACUUGGUGCAGGCAAAGCUGCAGCUGGUACAGGAUGGGGAAGCUGAGCGUCUGAGUGAAAAGGAAAGGAAUGAACUGAAGAAGAGGAAAUUGCUAUCUGAAGUGACCCUGAAGACCUAUUGGGUGAGCAAGGGAAGCGCCUUUAGCACCAGCAUUUCCAAGCAGGAAGCUGAACUCAGCCCUGAGAUGAUCUCCAGUGGCUCCUGGCGGGAUGUAAAGUUCAAAGCGUACAACUUCUCAUCAAAAGGUGUCUUACCAGAGGGUGGUCACCUACACCCACUGAUGAAAGUUCGCACACAGUUCCGACAGAUCUUCCUGGAGAUGGGUUUCACAGAAAUGCCAACUGACAAUUUCAUUGAGAGCUCCUUCUGGAACUUUGAUGCCCUCUUUCAGCCCCAGCAGCAUCCAGCCCGAGACCAGCAUGACACCUUUUUUCUCAAAGACCCAGCAGAGGCCCUGGAUUUCCCCAUGGAUUAUGUGGAGCGUGUGAAGCGGACUCACUCUCGGGGUGGCUAUGGCUCUCAGGGAUACAAAUAUGACUGGAAGCUUGAAGAGGCCCAGAAAAACCUCCUACGAACACACACCACAGCUGCCAGCGCCCGGGCACUCUAUCGCCUUGCCCAGCAGAAGCCCUUCUCCCCAGCCAAGUACUUUUCCAUUGACCGGGUUUUCCGUAAUGAGACAUUGGAUGCCACCCACUUGGCCGAGUUCCACCAGAUUGAGGGUGUAGUAGCUGACUAUGACCUCACCUUGGGCCACCUCAUGGGUAUCCUCAAAGAGUUCUUCACCAAACUUGGCAUUACCCAUCUUCGAUUCAAGCCAGCCUACAACCCCUACACUGAGCCCAGCAUGGAGGUCUUCAGCUACCAUCAAGGUUUGAAGAAGUGGGUAGAGGUGGGGAACUCUGGGGUCUUCCGGCCAGAGAUGCUGCUGCCCAUGGGGCUGCCUGAGGGCGUGUCUGUCAUUGCCUGGGGCCUUUCCUUGGAGAGACCCACUAUGAUCAAGUAUGGUAUCAACAAUAUCCGAGAGCUGGUGGGACACAAGGUGAACCUACAGAUGGUGUAUGACAGCCCACUGUGCCGCCUGGACACCUAGACCUCGAAGUUUCCCCCUGGGACCCCCCUGCUCCAUGUGUUCAACUCGUGCUCAUUCAGAAACUACUUGGGCCCUCCCAACUUCCCUGGAUGUCUAGAGCCAACCUGGACCCCCUCCUCCUCUGGACACCUGAAUAUGUGGAACUUAGCUGUGCUCCACCUCCUUCUGUCCCCACCUGCCCACCUCUUCCCUCCAUAUUUAUCUGAAAAGCUGAGCCCAGACUUCCCCCUCCACCAGUAGGGCUGGCUUACCUCCCAGGGCAAACUCACUCCUCAUUUAGGGCUGGACCCCAGAGCAUGUCUUCUUGAGCCAGAGUCUUUUUUGUACCUUCACCAGAGCUGGCUUCUGUCCUCACUUGCCAAGUCUCAAGUAGGGCAGCAGCCAAAUAUCUGUCCUUGAAUAAAGUAGUUCUAAUUCC